AUUGUGAGAAUAAAAAUGGGUACAGUCCUGCACUGUGAACAAAAAGCAAAGCUUCAUUCCACAGCAAAGUGGCUUGUUUCUGCGCUGGAACAACACAGCACCAGCUCAAAGAGCCCCACACGGAACCCGCACACCCCUAGGCCAACAACCGAAUUCAGGAUCUUCAGACCGAAGAUGCUACUCUGGGCCAUUCUCGUGAUGUCCUUGAUAUUGGAGCCCUACCUAUGUGAUUCUAAAUCUGUAGGUUCUCUGUAUAUUGUUGAGGACCCAGUCAACAAUGCAGAAGCAGACAAACUGCUGAACAAGAUCCAAUACGUCGCCCGGAGCUGCAAAGAGCUCAAAGAAAAAUACCAAGUUCAUGACGAUGGGCUGUAUUACCUCACUACCACAAACGGAAUUCUGUACGAGGCGUUCUGUGACAUGACCACGGCAGGUGGGGGCUGGACACUGGUGGCCAGCGUCCAUGAGAAUAACCUGUAUGGGAAGUGCACUCUGGGGGAUCGCUGGUCCAGCCAGCAGGGCGACAACCCCAAUCUGCCGGAGGGGGACGGAACCUGGAGCAACAAGGUUACCUUUGGGUCUCCUGAGGCCGCCACCUCUGAUGACUACAAGAACCCUGGGUAUUAUGACAUCACAGCAGAAGACGUGUCCGUGUGGCAUGUUCGGAACAAUGCAGAUAUUAAAGAAUGGAUCGCCAAGUCCAUCUUGCGCUACCACACAGCGACCAGAUUCCUGACUUUACAGGGAGAAAACCUCUACCAGCUGUUCAAGCGCUACCCUGUGGGAUUCAAUUUGGGCACAUGCAACACUGACAAAGGCCCAACUGUUCCUAUAGUGUAUGAUUUUGGGAAUGCAGAAACUACUGCAAAUCUGUAUGGGCCACUCUCAAGGGCGGAGUUUACUGCAGGUUUUAUCACUUUCCGAGUCUUCAACAAUGAGAAGGCAGCUAUGGCCAUCUGCUCUGGAGUCAGUCCCAGGGGAUGCAACACAGAACAUUUCUGUGUGGGGGGAGGAGGCCAUUUCCCUGAAGGGGCACCACGUCAGUGUGGGGAUUUUACUGCGCUGGACUCGGACGGCUAUGGAACCCACAGAAGAUGGAGUGCCUCCCAGGAUAUGACUGAGUCUGCCAUGCUGCUGUUUUACUGCUGAAGAGACACCAUUUCUCCGUAUCACUCUUCAUCGUUAUUAUUACAUUGCAGCAAAUCUCUUUCUACUAUCUUUGCUUAAUUACAGGUGCAAAGGGGUUCUCUAUGUUAUUUAGGCUUUAACAGAGAAAACAGGAUACUACUUCACCUUUUAACUGUUUUAACAGGUUUAAGUGAUGUGUAAUCCAUUUUUUUCUAUUUUUUACUUUUUCAUAUUUCAGAAUAUAAAAUUGGUGUUGGGCAGUAAAAUUGUAAAAACUAAAUAAAUAUAUGAAAUUAUGCAGCA